CAGCCGACACCAACAUUAUUCCCUCUUAAAACUCUCAUCUCCUUGUCUUCUAAUCUAAGAACACACCCAUCAAAAACCAUAUCUACAACUCAAACUACACAUUAACACAAGCUGAACACCCUCUCGGUCACCACUCUCCCUCUCGAAAUCUCUGUAAACACAAACAAGAUUCACAUCCACUCCCUCCCUCUGAUUUCAUUCCGACGAUCGGAAUAACUAGAUGCCGAACAAUCGGCGCUCCGGCGUCGAGUUCUCCCCCCCCCCCCCACGGCAACCGACAACUCUCCACCCUCUCUCUUCUCGGGUUCGAUCAGCGACGAGACACGCGAGACAAAGAGAUAUCGGAGCUGCAGGGAGAGAGAACAGAGCUGGAGAAAGGGCGUCAACGGCGUAGGGAUGGUGUCGGGUGGCGGUUCGAUCAAAGAGGAAGGAGGUGCCGGCCACCAUACGCGGCGGCGGCCGACGGUGACAGACGAUGAUGGUGGUGGUUGGUUAGGUUCGAGUUCAAGUGGCUUGGUUCAACUACAGGUCAGAUCUGCAAGCGGUUCAGGUUCGAGUCUCAGUCUCGGUUCGGUCAACCCGGGGUCAGACCCGGUCAACUCAGUGAGUCAACUCAAUCAAUGGGUCAACGGAGUCAACUCAGUGUUCGGGCUAACUCAGCUUGGUUCGCUCCGGUUCAACUCGACUCAGCCGGUCAAACGUGGUCAAACAGUCAAACUGGUCAACUCGGGUCAACAACAGGUCAAGCAUGGUCAACAGUCAACAGUCCAGUUUCGGGUCAACCACAGUUCGGUUCAUGGUUCGGUUCUGAUUUGAAGAGAUUCGGGACAAAUCUGGUAUGGAUUUCAGGUUCGGGACUGUUACGGUUCACUCGGUUGAGACUCGGUUCGGGCAAAGACAGUCACAGUAGGUCAACAAGCAGGUUCGGGUCUCGGCUCGUAUCUCGGUCAAGUUUCGAGCUUCGGUCAAACAGUCAAGACAGGUUAAACUAGUCAACAGAAUGGUUCAACUUCGCGACUCAGUUCGGUGUUCGGGUUAAGUUUUGGUUCAACUCGGUUUGACUCGGUCAAACUGAGUCAACUCAGCGAGUCAACUCAGUUGACUCGGUCAACACAGUCAACAGACGGUCAGCGGUAGUCACGCAGUCAAUACGCGACCCGGUAAAGUCUAACGACGCGAAAUUAGUAUAGACCGUAUAGUUUUAGAUUUUUUUUUUAGUCUACGCGAACCGAGCUUGAACCGCCGUACUCUAGUUUAUUUAUUUUAGCGUUCGUUAUAUUUUGCAAAAGAUAUAUAUAAUUGUGGUUGGUUUA